CCAAGGGAAUGUUGCCACAAUGGUAGAGCUGACAGCCGAAGCCAAUCCUGAAAUAACCACAGAAGUUAAGACCAACAUGUCGGAUCAUUCUCAAAUACAGGACAAGACCAGCACGCUGAGGAAGGACUUAGUGAGGAAGUCUAGGAGCCGGAGCACCUCCAGACCAAAAGAAAUCAUGUUGACUCCCAAGAAGGCAGAGAUCUGCCUCCAGGAAGUGCCCAAGAUCAACCGGUCCCGUUCCCAGAGCACCCCUCGCUUUGGUCAGCUCAGCCACAACUCUUUCUUCUCCAGACACAAUCCUCAUCCCAACCGAGUGUCUCACAUUCAAGCAGAUCUUUCUGGGAAUCCCAUUUGCACUGUAAGAGACAACAUAACUCACCCCUCACCGCCUCCACCUGUAUCCAGUCCUAACUGCUCCAUCAACAUUUUAGGAGCACCUCAAAUCCAGAUGCCCAUCGGAGACCCACAGUCCCUUGUGGAACCCCGCUUAACCCUGAGUUCGUUGUCAAGUGUUUGGAAAGAGGAGCUAAAGGAGCUGGCCUCCAAGGUGGCUGCCUUCUCCAAGGAAGCAGAAAUGAAGAAGAAAAAGAAGGAAGAGGCAGAGAGGUUGGACCAGUACUCCCCACAGACAGGGAGGCUCAUCCCAGGCUACAUACGGACCAUGAUGAGCCGAGCCCCCCGAACCUCCCCCAGAGGCAACCUUCAGAGCAAAGACAUGACACCUGUUGUCCAAGACCAAGAACUACUAAUCUUGGAACUGCUGUGUCAGAUCCUACAGACAGACUCUCUGACUGCCAUCCAGUACUGGCUUAUCUCAGCUAGCCCCAGGGAAAAGGACCUAGUCCUGGGCCUCCUCCAGACAGCCGUGGCCGGUCUGAUGCUGGAGCCCCUGAUAUCCUUGCCAGAGGAGAGGAUCAUGACAGCUCGCUCCACUGACCCCAACAAUCCAGGCUUCCUCAGCAAAAGCCUGAUACCGCAGAGGAGUCUGAAGCAAAGUCAAAAUGGACCAAAAGCAAAGACAGAACCUGUAUCAUCACAUGAAAAACCAGGUAAAAGCCAUUCCACUCGAACUUCUAAAGACUCAAGUUUCUCAAGCUGUGUUCUGUGGUUAUGGAAUUAGGGGGGCCAGGAGAACAGUCUGACACUAGGAAGUCCUCUGACAGUGGCCAUUCCUGCCUCCCAUCCCAACAGUGGGGACCUGAACACUGAGGGGGUUGGCCAAGCCAAGGACCCCCUCCCUCUGCUGCUUUUCAUUCCCAAGCCAAAGCUCAGACUGUCCAUCCACCCUGUCUAGAGGGCUGGUAUCUGCAAAAUGAAGUCAGUUUGGGCCCAAACCAGAGCUGCCCCCAACUCCGGUGCCCCACUCCUUUCUCCCCCAGGAGUUACCAAAUAGUGAAUGGACGGAAUAGUGCCCUUUGCAAACCUUCAGGCACUCCAUAAAAGCUAGCCAUUAUUACAUUUGAGAGAAGAGUUCCUGUUCCUGUCAUCAGGAAGCUCAGAAUCUUGUUGAAGAGCCUUAAAAUGGCAGAUUAUCGGUUUCCAAAAUGAACAGACUCAGAGUUGUGGGUGUUAGCUAUGGAAUCUCCCCCUGCCUUGGCCUGGCCAGACACCCCCCUCUUCAGAUUUAGCAGGGCAGACAACUCAGCCCAGAUGGAUCUCAGGCAUUUUCAUUAUGACCACCUGAACAAAUGGUGGGAGGAGCAAAGUAGUAUCCAUCACCCCAACUCCACUUAAUCAAGGGUGCGAGCACCCCAGAAGGGACUUCAUGCAGCACCCCCCAUGCCUCGACAAGAAUCUUCUUUGCACCAUCCCUAAUAAGUGACUACCCAGUUAUUCCCCUACAGUAAUGGAGAACUCACUACCUCCUAAGGCAAAGCAUUCCAUUUUUGGACAGUUCUAAUCUGUAAAAUUGUCGCUUAGAAAGGGCCUAAAUCUGCCCCUCUGCAGUGACCUACCCCAUCCAAUCACCUCAUUGCCCCUAGUACUGUCCUCUUGGGCAAGGCAGAACAAGCCUUAGCCCUCAGUCAUAGGACGGCCCUUCAAAUACUUAGCUAACUCUCCUGGGUUCUCUCACUGAAUCCUUUUAUAGCAUGGUUUCCAGGAAUGAACUAGAAUAAAUAAUUCCAGGCAUCUAGUAAGUGCUUAACAAAUGCUUUAAACUGCCUCCUACAACCCCCUUCCCACCAAAGCUUGAUUACCAAUGAUGCUUGUCAAUGUCCAUUCUAAAAUGGCACAAGAACCGGACUUAAGACUCUGGAGAUCGGCUGGCCAGGGCCCCUGCCUCCCCGGAAAGAUAAAUGAAUCAGCUUGAAGGCUUAGCACAGUGCCUAACACAUAGUAGGUAAUUAAGAAAUGUUGGUUGAUUAAUAAAGGGAGUGGUUGAUGCCUGGGGCAAGAAGAGCCUCCCUUUAGCUUGAGUUCCUCUGUGAGGCCUCCUUGGAUCAAUCAGCCCAAACUCCUAGCCUUUCCGUGUCUGCCACGACAGACUUUCCUUUGUACCUGAACCUGUCACAGGCGGAGAUUUGACCAGUGGGGCAGUCAUGUGGUAAACAUGCCAAGGCAUCAUGAGAAAGAGGAGUUACUCAGUCAGGCCCAGGCCUAGCAUGGGAGAGUGUCUGGUCCAAAGUCACACAAUCCCAUCCUAGGAUGUGGCUCUAGAAGGGGCCUAAUCCAACCUUUUUAUUUCAUUUUAUUUAACCAGGUUCUAGAGAAGGGAAAUUACUUGGCUACAGUCACAUAGGGAGUAAGCCACCAAGCCCAGAUUAGAACCUCUGACUCCGAGCUGGGCACUCUUGCUCACUCAUAGCCACAACUUGGUUUCAGACUCAAGAAAGCAUUUAGACUGGGGACACUGGGCAGUCUCCUCCUUCCCCUUCCUUUCCUUUCCCUUCCUGGCAUGAUUUCUCUUUUCCCAGAAUGCAUCGGUGAUGCUGAGGUUCUACAGUUUUGUGAAAAUCCAGAGGACAGAAAGAAGAAAAUGUAACUGAGUCCCAGAAGUAUUCCCCCCAUCUACAUGGGCAUCCCAUGCGAGGCCAUUCCUGCUUGAUGCUGGGAGUUCUCCUAAGUGAUGGCCUUCAUCUGGGUGGCUGCCUGGGACAUUCUCUGUAAAAUAAAAUACGUUGUCUUUGGUUUACCAAGAUGACACUGCUGACCCAC